AGGUUUUCGGCACAAAGCAGUCUGAACAGGUUAUUUCCGUACAGUAUCCCGUUGUAGCUUCACCAACAGAAAGCGUUCGUUUGCAUCCAGGGAGUCGGACACUUCUUAACAUGGAAGUUAUUAAGACGGCAGGUUGUGGACCUGUCCAAAUCACCAGGAAGUCGGUGAGCAGUGUAUUAUCAGAUGUGAACAGUGGAGGGCGGUGCAGCACAUUCUCUCCAGCAGGUUGGCUCCUGGUUUUCAUCGCCUAUCUUGACGUCAUAACUGGACCAAAACACGCCCUGUUUUUGUCUAAAGUGCGCAGUGGCUACUAUCCACACGGUGGCGCCGGAGUUCGAGUCUUUAGCUGCUGCACCUGCAGCUUCUGUCCUCUCUCCUCUCUCCUCCUCCCGCUCCCCCUCCUCUCCUGCUCUGCCUGCCAGCGGCUCCUCUCAGGCGGCACUGACUCCCUCUCACAUCCCGCUGUCGCCGUUUAGCAGAUGGACCUGCGCUCCUGACUCUCAGCCGGAGAUGAGCGCUGGUCUCCCGUGUGGCCGCAGGCUGGCCCGCCGAUCCGCCUCUGUCCUGCUGCUGGCCGCGGUAACCGCGCUACUGCUGCUCCAGACCCUGGUGGUGUGGAACUUCAGCAGCCUUGACUCGGGCUCCACCAGCCGGGAGCGGAGAGAGGAGCGAACCGCUGGAUUGAACAAUGCCGGGGGCAGAGAGCUGCGGAGGAGCGGACUACCGAGGCCCGGUGACCCGCCGCAUCAGCCCGGGAGGGCGGCCUUUCGACACCAGCUGCAGUCGAACAUCUACUCCCAUGCCCUUAGUUCCAAAGAGAAGCUCCGUCUGGACAGCAACAACAACGAGAACUCCGUCCCCAAAGACUUUGACUCUGUCGACAGCAACAGCAACCUCGCCGCCCGAUCCCAACGCCAGCGAGGGCUGGUUGCGAACAGCAAACACAAGCCGAUUCAAGCGCAGAGCAUACGAGAAAAAUCGGCCAAUGAGGUCGAAAAGUUCCCUCCGCUCCAACCAAGAGGGGACGACCGCAGUCGUAACCACACCUACCUCCGCAAAACCCAACAUCACCCACCGGUGGUGGCCACCACCUCGGCCGCAGUUCGAGACCGCGUCCACCAGGGUCAUCGUCGGCCGCUGGAGCCGAAGAAGCGGCCGCUGCUGUGUGAGCUGAGUGGAAAGGAGGCGAUAUCCGCUCUGUCCCGCGCCACCAGCCGCGAGUGUCGGCAGCAGAUUGUAGAAGUUUACUGCAAACACAAGGAGAAGGCCCUCAUGCCUGAGACGGUGCCUCGCUACUGCCCCCUAGAAGGCAAGGCCAACGUUAACGUAGGGUGGGAUGAGGACCCCUCAGAAGCCGCCCCUCUGGUGCCCGUACGAAUCGCCUUCGUCUUGGUCGUCCAUGGACGAGCGUCCCGUCAGUUCCAGCGUCUCUUCAAGGCCAUCUACCACACCUCACACUUCUACUACAUCCACGUGGACCAGCGGUCCAACUACCUCCACAGAGAAAUCCAGUCAUUGGCUGACAGGUUUCCAAAUGUACGGGUCACUCCCUGGAGGAUGUCCACCAUCUGGGGCGGGGCCAGCCUGUUGACCAUGUACCUGCGCAGCAUGGAGGACCUCCUCAGUAUGUCCGACUGGUCCUGGGACUUCUUCAUCAACCUGAGUGCAGCAGACUAUCCAAUCAGGACCAAUCAGCAGCUGGUUUCCUUCCUGUCCAAGUACCGACACAUGAACUUCAUCAAAUCUCACGGACGAGACACUGCGCGGUUCAUCCGUAAACAAGGUCUGGACCGACUCUUUUAUGAGUGCGACACUCACAUGUGGCGACUCGGGGACCGAAAAAUCCCAGAAGGGAUUGCGGUGGACGGCGGCUCCGAUUGGUUCCUGCUUAACCGCGGCUUUGUGAACUACGUGGUCAACUCCAGGGAUGAGUUGGUCAGCAGCAUGAAACGCUUCUAUGCCUACACGCUGCUGCCCGCUGAGUCGUUUUUCCACACUGUGCUGGAGAACAGCGCCCUCUGUGAGACCAUGGUGGACAACAACCUGCGCCUCACCAACUGGAACCGAAAGCUCGGCUGUAAGUGUCAGUACAAGCACAUCGUGGACUGGUGCGGCUGCUCGCCCAACGACUUCAAGCCCUCGGAUCUGCCGCGCUUCCAGCAAGUGUCCAGACCCACCUUCUUUGCCAGGAAGUUUGAGGCCAGCGUCAGCCAGGAGAUCGUCAACCAGCUGGACUCCUUCCUCUUUGGAGCGUACGCUGCCGACACGCCGGGCCUCAAAGCCUACUGGGAAAAUAUAUACGCGCAAGAGACGGACGGGCUCGCCGGCAUCUCUAACUCCGCCCUCAGCCACUAUCACGCCUUCGCCCGUAUGGGAUUAGCACGUGCUGCCGCGUCGCUGCCGCAUCGCCCCGAGGACAACAGCUGCAGGUACGUGGGCAGCAGCCCCCCCACGUCGGUCCACCUCUACUUCCUGUCGGACCAGUUCCAGGGCUACCUGCUGCGUCACGUGGCCACUAACAGAGCCUCCAGGCAGCCAGAGACUCUGGAGACCUGGGUCACAGCCAAAGACCACUUCAGCCUGACGGCUGCAGCCCAGACCACCAACAGACUGCUGCAUGUGCAGGUGGGGACGGACUGGGACGCUAAGGAGCGUCUCUUUAGAAACUGGGGGGGCCUCCUGGGGCCCCAGGAUGAGCCCGUGGCCGUGCAGCGUUGGAGCCGCGGUCAGAGCAACCUGACGGCCACCGUGGUCUGGAUCGACCCCACCAACGUCAUCGCCGCCACCUAUGACAUCCUGGUGGACGCCACCGCUGAAGUCACUCACUAUCGCCCCCCUCUGGCUCUACCGCUGAGGCCGGGAGAAUGGAGUCUGAGGGUCCUGCACCACUGGAGCCCCCUGGGUCAGACCCGCUUUGUGGUGGCGCCACUGGAGUUCUUCAAGCAGCAGCCCAUCGAGCAAGGCGACACCCAGCGUCUUCACUCUGGACCACCCAGAAACUCCUACAUGGAGCAGAGCUUCCACGGCCUGAACCCAGUGCUGCGGCUGCCCGUCAGCCUCAGUGCCGUUGAGGAGGCGGAGGCCAACGCGGGCCUGACGGGGGCACCCUUGAGCCAGUGGCUGGACCGGCUGCUGGAGGGUCACUGGUCGGCCUCGGGCGUCUGCUCCACGGGUCCCAGCGCUUGUACGGCUCUGAAGACUUGUCGACUCACUGACUGGAGCUCACACAGUCCUGACCCUAAAUCUGAAGUGAGAGCGCCCCGAGAGGACGGACGCAUCAGGUAGCAGACGGAGAGAGAGAGAGAGAGAGAGAGAGAGAGAUGGCAACAAAGAGAGCAACAAAUGAAGGACAAACUUUUUUAGAGUUUUUCUAUUUAUUUAUUUAUGGUUGGUGUACUUGUUUCUUAGUGCUACAGAAGUGUGUGUGAGUGUGUGUGGUGUGAAUGUGAGUGUGUGUGGUGUGAAUCUUCCUGUGACUUGAAGUGUGUGAGACAUUUUUCUCCCUUUGUUUCCUCACAGGUAUUCAACACAGACCGGAGUGAGUGAGAAAAGCAUGGACUGUGUGUAAGGAAUGACCACAUUUUAUUUCAUGAAAAGUUAAUGGUAGGUUUUGUCCACCAGAGGGCGACAUUUCUGUGUUCCACACCAGAUGUGGAUUUUUAAAUGAUUAUUAUUUUAUUAUUUGUGUGUCACUGUUUCUUACACACAGUCCAUGUUUUGAACAUAAAAAGAAAUCCUUGAGAGUUAUUUAUUCAGAGGUUUAUAUAAAAUGUGUUAUUUUUUUAAACCGCAGUGUGACAGGUUGUACUUCUUGGUCCUCAAGCUAAUUUACAAGUACAUUUGCAUUUAGUAUUUUAUCAUUUUUAUUCAUACAAAGGGCAGUUGGCUAAAUCUGAACAUACCCCUCCCAACAAGGCCUCACUUGUUCUUAGUCUUGUUGGGUUUUACCAGCAGCUGCACAUCCUUUACAUUACUGCCACCUACUGGCUAAGGUUUAAUACGUCCACCCAGAAAUGAUGGCUUAGAAUUUGUUUGUGUGAAAAUAUGUUUUGUAACCUCACUCAGUCUACCCCACCAAACUGAACAGAGAUUUUAGCCCACAGAGACACACACACGGCUGCCCCCCUGUGGUCAUUUUAGUCCACCACAAGUCUCUGUAUGCUAAAAUCCCUGACUUUCUCUGAGGACUUUGGUCUAUUAGCUCAAAACAAGAUUUUUUUUCCUCUGGACUUUGGUGCAGGAGAUAAGCUUAAUGAUUUUUAGGCUGAUUUAUUUAUGUAUAAGUAAAUAAUAUUAAAGUAACACUGAGUUAUGAACCUCCGCACUCUGAAUUCACUAAAGUCUGAUGGUUCCAUUUUCCAUUAUAACUCUAACUUAAUUUGACUUUUCUGCUUUUUUUUUUUUUUUUUUAUUACCAGUGUUGUUUUUUUAUUGUUUGACUCUUUUUGGAGAAAUUGUUACUGUUGUCAUUGGCAUCGUUGUGCCUUAAGCUGUGGCAGUUGGACAUUUUUUAGAAGAUAAAAACAGAAUCUACCUUUACUUUUUGCUGGUGUCAUUUAUGCAAAUCUACUUCAUACGCAGGUUACAGGUUUUUACGAAGCACAAACCUGCUUAUAUUUAAUUGUUUAAAGACGUUCUUUUGAUUAUGAUCUGAUUAUGAGGUGUCUGGAAUUAGUGAAAAUAGUAUGGUGUUCAAAAAUAUCAUCGUUUAGGCCUCGAGGGCCGAACUUGUCUAAAUUAUAUUAUCUAACUGCACUGUUUUUGCAUUUUAAG